AUGGCAGCCAGCCCCGCCAUCAGGGAGGACUGUGUUAUAGGAGGGAAAUAUAAAUUGUUACGAAAGAUUGGUUCUGGUUCCUUUGGAGAUGUUUACCAUGCCAUUAACAUAACCAGUGGUGAAGAAGUGGCAGUAAAAUUAGAAUCCCAGACAACCAAGCACCCCCAGUUAUUAUACGAAAGCAAACUCUAUAGGCUUCUCCAGGGGGGUGUUGGUAUUCCCCGUAUGUGGUGGUUUGGCCAGGAUAAACAGUAUAAUAUACUGGUCAUAGAUCUUCUCGGACCCAGCCUGGAAGAUCUCUUCAAUCUCUGCUCAAGAAAGUUCUCAAUGAAAACCAUACUCAUGUUAGCUGACCAGAUGAUAUGUAGGCUUGAAUAUCUGCAUAGCCGAAAUUUUAUACACAGAGAUAUUAAACCAGAAAACUUCCUGAUGGGUGCUAGCUGCCAGUGUUUCAAAUGUUUAGGCACUUUUGAAGGACAAAGGAAAAGGAUCAUGUUAAAUUAUCAGAACCAGCCUUAUGCAAAAUUAAACCAGGUAUUUCUGGUAGAUUUUGGCUUGGCAAAGAAGUACAGAGAAAAUAAAACAAAGGAACAUAUACCAUACAGAGACGAUAAACAUCUAACUGGCACCGCCCGAUAUGCUAGCAUUAAUGCUCACCUUGGUAUUGAGCAAAGUCGCCGAGAUGAUAUGGAGGCCUUAGGAUAUGUUUUGAUGUACUUUAAUAGAAGUGGCCUGCCAUGGCAAGGAUUAACAGGUGCCACAAGGAAACAAAAGUAUGAGAAGAUUCGUGAAAAGAAGUUAGCCACUUCCAUUGAUGUUUUAUGUAAAGGCUUCCCUGCAGAAUUUGCCAUGUAUUUAAACUAUUGCCGUGGGCUGCGUUUUGAUGAAGUCCCAGAUUACGGGUAUCUGAGGCAGCUAUUUCAUGUUCUUUUCAAGACCUUGAACUAUCAACAUGAUUACAUAUUUGACUGGACCAUUUUAAGUCAGGUGCCACCGAAGCCAUCCCCUUCAAUAUUGCAAGUGCAACCGGAGCAACCUCCUACUGAGAAUCCUGUUGACAAGACCACUGCUUGUAAGAAAGAUUUCUAG